CUCAUUAAGACACUCGUUGAUAGGGCCUACAAAAUUAAUAACACCUGGUUAAGAUUUCACGAGGACAUUAACAACCUUAUUGAUAUUUUAAAAAAGAAUCUUUUCCCAGCUCAUUUAAUAGAGAAGAUUAUAAACCGUUAUAUCACUGGGACCCAAAACAAUCAUCAUCCCUGGAUUCCCUUACUACCACUUCACCUACGUUCUACUUUAAGCUACCCUACAUAGGCCACUUCUCUGCUAUCACUGAAAAAAAAAAAAUCCGCCAUUUUAUUAAGUGCUAUUGCAAUGACUUGGAUAUCAAACUGGUUUCUCUUCCUUUAAAAUCGGUUAUUUGUUUGGUGUGAAAGACCCUGUCCCUGACGGGCUCCGUUCACGUGUGGUUUAUAAGUUUGUAUGUGCUGGCUGUAAUGCCUGUUAGGUCGGUCAAACCUGCCGGCAUUUUUUCCACACGUGUUAGAGAACACUUAGUCAGUGACAGGGCCUCUCACAUUUUCAAACAUCUGAAAGAUUCUCCUGUAGUGUUCAACAGAUAA